AUGCUUGACUCUUUGGAUUUUGAUGAUUUGCUCUUCGAGCAAGAGAGCAAGUCUGAAUCAUCAGGUACCUUGUAUUCAGAUCUCAACCUCGCAUCCUCAUCCCAAGAGGAUUCCUUCAAUAUUAAUAAUUCUGAACGGAACGAUGAACUCCAAUUCAUUCCCAGUGAUGAUGAUCGUCAUUCAAAGACUUUCGUUGAAAUUAAGAAUAACAAUUAUUAUGAUCUGAUUACAAGUAAUAACUACGUCUACGAAAAUAAUAAUAACAACAACGAAUUAUUUGCAGAAUAUGAUGAUCCAUUCCAUUCGUUGGCGUUGAUGCCUCCAACCGCUACUCUCAUGAACGAACAUCCACAACAAUAUGUUGAUGAAUUUGGACAAGUAAUGAUGAUGGCUGUUUCUCCUUCCAUUUCUACAGCUGCUGCUAUGACGACCACCACUACUACCAGUAGUAUCAGUACUGAAAAAGUAGUGGGAUUCAUGAUGAACCCGUUAUAUCCGAUGCUGGCUGCUGCUUUUACAUUCGGCACCACUCGUGAGUUGGCUGAUCUUCAAGUACCACCUCCUCUUUCACAACAACAUGCUCUAAUAAUUGGAGCACCCUCUGAUAGUCCCAAAGAGGAGGACCACUUGUUGUGGUUGUCAUCGAGUCUCUCUCCAUCCUGUGCCAACGAGAGUCUUGAUGAUGAAAAUGACAACAACAAGAAGAAGAAGCGAAAGAGAGGCUCCACUACUACUUUGACCAACACCACUUUGGAGGAGCAAGUAGAAAGUAAAACCAAGAAGAGAAAAGCUCCCAAUAAGAAGAAGAAGAAGAAACAAUACGAGACCAAACCAGCUUCUUCCGAUAUGACUGUUGUUACUGGUGGUGUUGUGGAUUCUUCUUCCUCCUCCUACACUGGUAGCGAUGAUCAUUCAGAAGAAAGCACUAACGGCACUCAACAACAGAAUUGGUAUGACAAACUCUCCGCUUCAGCGACUUAUUUAGAGUUGGAACUUGAGAGUGAUGGCUCUCUUCCAACCCAUACAGUCCAUCUACACACGUACUCGACUCCGAGACGUCAGUAUGGGCCAAAACCAACAGAUCUCAUCGAUGAACAUCAACAUCUCCACUAUGAGCAAACACUUAAAAUUUCAAUUGAACCUCUCUCCAAAGACACCAAAAUCCUCAACAACAAGAUUUAUGUUUCUUUGAAGGGUAUCUUGAAGAUGAUUCCAAAACCUCCCAAGAAAUAUACCUGGAUCAAGGUUGAAAAUUCAACAAACCCACCUCUUUUCUUGUAUUGCCAAACAGGCAAAGCAAAGGGUGUUCAUAACAUUGUGAACAUUUCUUCAAGAGGUGGAACUGUUGCCUCCAGAACAGGCAUAUUGAACAAAUAUUCACCUUACGUUAUGAAACCCGUACACUAUGAAUUUAUUACCAAUCAUUGCUCAGAAACUAGCCAUGGAUUAACAAUUCAUUGA